AUGUCUGAAGCAACUGAUUACAUUGUACCGGAUCAUGAAAGUGAUGUACCAGAUAUCGGCCAACAAGGUACAGCAUAUAUUCCACCUGAUCAACUACAAACAAUCCAAUUGAUUGUCCUUUCUAUUAUAUUUGGAAAGCUCUCUUCAAUAUUCAUAGUUGAUACAAAUAUUCCCGAGGAAAUUAGACUAAUACCACUUUUGAUUUUGGUUUCUUUAACAAUAAUUAUUAUCGGUAAACGAUCUAAACUGGUUACCUCUGUGUUGGUUUUUUUGGUUUUAUGGUUGUUCCUCAAAUUGAUUGGUAUUGAAAUGGCAAGCUGUUUCUACAAGACAACAUUCGUCAAAGCAAAGGAAUGGCUGUUAUGGAAGCUAAUUAAGCUUUACUACCUAUGA